AUGAGCGACACCGCCAGCAACGAGGCCUCGUCGCCAACAUUCGAAAAGCCUGUCACCAGCUCCUCCGCCCCUCAGAUCCAACGCAAUGCCAGCACCAAGCAGCUGAAGCUGAUGAACGGCCCCCUUUACCAGCAAGGCCACAACAAUGUUAACGUUGUGCUCAUUCGAAGAGUCAGGAGGACAGACGACAGCGCCUGGAAGAUGUUGAGCCGCUGGAUGGUCGAGAACCAAGUUGGUCUCUCCUUCAACCUUCUGGCCCUCCUCUUUCUCGCCCACUUCUUCAUCCCGAAAGCGCAGCCUCACACGGUCAAGUUCUUUACUCUUUCAUACUACAACCAACAAACUGGCCAGUAUGGCACCGGUCUUGGCGACUCCUGCCUCCUCGCCUUCUGCAUUGUCCUCUACACCGGCCUCCGCGCCGCGACCAUGGAGUACGUGCUGGCACCCUUGGCUAAGGGAUGGGGCAUCAAGAAGCGCAAGGACCUUACUCGCUUCAGUGAGCAGGCCUGGCUGUUGAUUUACUACAUGGUUUUCUGGCCUCUUGGUGUGUACAUCUACAAGUCGUCUCCCUACUGGCUGAACCUCAGGGAGCUGUGGACGAACUGGCCUCAGCGUGAGCUUUCUGGCCUCAACAAGUUUUACAUCCUAGCGCAGUGGGCUUUCUGGCUGCAGCAGAUUCUGGUUAUCAACAUUGAGGAGCGUCGCAAGGACCACUGGCAGAUGUUCACCCACCACAUCAUCACUUGCACCCUGAUUUCCGCCUGCUACAGCUACCACCAGACUCGCGUCGGAAACCUCAUCCUUGUUCUUAUGGAUGUUGUUGACCUCUUCUUUCCUCUUGCCAAGUGCCUCAAGUACGUUGGGCUCAACACCCUCUGCGACUUCAUGUUCGGCGCUUUUGUUCUGUCGUGGUUGCUUGCCCGUCAUGUCUUCUACCUGAUGGUUUGCUGGUCUAUUCACACCCACAUUCCCGAGGAAAUCCCCGACUCCUGCUACACAGGCCAGCACCCUAACCUGAACGGACCACUGCCCAUCCCUGAAGGCAAGAGCUGGAUGCUGGAGCCUUUUUACAAGACGGAUGGCAUCGUUUGCUGGAACUCUACCAUUCGCUGGUCGUUCCUUUCCACUCUCCUCGUGCUGCAGGUCAUUACCAUCGGAUGGUUUUUCAUGAUUCUGCGUGUCGUCAUGAAGGUCCUCCGUGGCGGAAACGCCGAGGACACCCGCAGCGACGACGAGGGCGAGUGUGAGGAAGAGGAAGAUUACGUUUACGAGGAGGCUCAACCUCUCGAGGAGGAGGUUGGCGUCGAGGACAUUGACCUCAAGAGCUGGGAGCGGAGAACGGGUAUCAAGAGACAAGCAAGCUCGUCGGGCGUCAGUCUACCGGGUCACAGCGACCGCAAGGAGUUGCUCGGUAGAAUCGGCUGCGAGAAGCAGGUCGACUAA